AUGGCCAAGCGGCGUGCGGCCGAGCCGCUGACGUUCCACGUGCCUUGGAAGCGGCUCCUGCUCUGCGACUUUACUGAGGGGCCGCCGCUCUGGAUCCCGCCGGCGGCGGCCUCGCAUCCCGGGCAGUCCCUUGGCGUCCCGGAGCUGCCCCGAAAGCGCAAAAUCGACGCGGGGGCUAUGACUGAGCCUUCGGCUUCGCCGAGCAAGCGCCACGACGGCGGGGACACCAACGCUCCGGGCCUCGCAGAGCGCGAGGCCCGCGGCUGGGAGACCGGCGAGCCCCCGCUGCUGCAGCCGCCGACCCUGCAGCCCCAGGGGCUGGGGGAGGAGCUCCGGGGCGCCCGGCCCCCGAGGGGCGGUGGCGACAACGGGGCGGGGCGCGCAGAGUGCCGGCGGGGAGACUGGGGGACCGCACCGCGCCAGCUCAGUGAAGAAUUUUGGCAGUAUAACACCUUCCAGUACUGGAGGAACCCUUUACCACCUAUUGAUCUGGCAGACAUUGAAGCUGUGACGGAAGGUAACCUUACAGAAGCAAGGCUUCAGGGCAAGAAUGAAGUGGUUGAGAUUGACAUGGAGUCCUGACAGAGGAGCUGCAGAAACGGGUUUUUCUGAAUUUCAGAAGACAUUGCUAAAUGAAUUUGUGUAUUCUUAAGGAAAAAUGUUAUUUUCCGUACUUUAUGCGAUUUCAUUCCCAAACCUGAGAAAUGAGGAAAAGUUGUUUUAAAGAUAAAUGCCUGCCCUGGCCGGUUUGGCUCAGCAGUUAGAGCUUCGGCCUGCGGUCCAGAGGAAGAUAAAUGCCUGUGUCGCUACUGAAACUCCCAAUAGGAUUUGUCAGUGAUAUAGUGCAGUGAUAGGGGAAGUAUUUUAUGUAUGCAUUCUUAAAGAAAAAUGUAUGUUUAGAUUCUAAAUUUGAAGAUAACAAUCUUAUAAAAAGGAAUUCCGACAGUUUUAGAAACAGGUAGGAAACACUCGGUCCUCUGCAACAAAAUGUUAAUUUGUGGUACAUGAAAUAAAUGUUUUAUAAUAACUUAAUAAAAUGCUCUUUAAUAUACUUUAUUGACUGUUCAUAGUUGAACAAAUAGCUGACUUAAACAUCUAUGCAAACUUAAAAUGUGGGGGAUUUUUCUGAAAGCUGGUAUUUAAAAAGAGCUUUCUAAAUGUAAAGUAGUGAGAAUUUCAAUGUGGAUAGCAUGUUUGCAUAACUUCUAUUUGAUAUUUGUUAAACUACUCUGGUCUGUCAAAAAUGGGUAAAGAACAAUGAGAAAUGAGUAGAUGUUCCCCUCCCCUCUUUCCCAAGAGAACUUUUUUUUAAUUUCUUGGUUUUGAAUUGCCUUGAGGGCAUGGUUUUUAUUGCUUAUUACAAUAAACUUGUAGUUCUCAACACUGGCAAUACUUCACAAGUCUUUGCCUGGAUCCCACUCUUGAGAGAUUCUCAUUUAAUUGUUUUGAUGUGGGCCUUAGAUACAGCUAUGUUUUUAAAGCACCAAUCCUCCCUCCCUCCAUUCCUCUAACACGCAGACAGAUUUGAGGACCACUAGACUGAUGGUAGUUUUUCCUGUUUAAAGGAGAUAACUAAUUUGAGCUGAAGCAAUGCCUCUUAAUUAGUUUUGUUUUUAUUUUGCCCUGUUGAUCGCUUUGUUACAACUAAAUUAUUCUAUAGUUACUAUUUCAUUGUUAAAGUAAGCAGUUUGUGUUUGAGUUGUAUGAGUAUCACUGAUUAAUUAACUUUUGUAUUCUAGAAUUGUUGGCUUUGUAAUUAAGUUGUCCUUGUAUACUUUUUGUUGUUAAUGAUAUUCAGGAAGGAUGAUAAAUGCCAGUGAGAGGGAGAAAGAACAAUGUUUUGUGUGUACUGUAGGAUUUAAAUAUGGGUUGACAUUAAUAAGAAUAUUAUAGAAGGGAAGGCAAACUGUAUAGUAUUGUGGUUAAGAGUUAAGGCUUUGGAGUCAGACAUGGUUCAAAGUCUUGUACUACCACUUUGUACCUGUGUAACAUUAAGCAGGUUAUUUUUCAUCUCUCAGCCCCAGAUUCCUUGGCUGUAAAAUAAGAAAAAAUAAAUAGU